CGCGCCAGCGUGCAGAGGGCCGCCGGGGCGCGGGGACAUGCGGGGCGCGGGGCUGCUGGGGCUGGCGCUGCUCGCGCUGCUGCCACCGUGCCCCGCCCGGCGCGCCGCGCGCUUCCAGCCCGCCUGGCAGUCCCUGGACGCGCGCGAGCUGCCCGCGUGGUUCGACCAGGCCAAGUUCGGCAUCUUCAUCCACUGGGGCGUGUUUUCCGUGCCCAGCUUCGGUAGCGAGUGGUUCUGGUGGUAUUGGCAAAAGGAAAAGAUACAGAAGUAUGUGAACUUUAUGAAAAAUAAUUACCCUUCUGGUUUCAAAUAUGAAGAUUUUGCACCACUAUUUACAGCAAAAUUUUUUAAUGCCAGUCAGUGGGCAGAUAUUUUCCAGGCCUCUGGUGCCAAAUACAUUGUCUUAACUUCCAAACAUCACGAAGGCUUUACCUUGUGGGGUUCAGAGUAUUCAUGGAACUGGAAUGCAGUAGAUGAGGGGCCGAAGAGGGACAUUGUCAAGGAACUUGAGGUAGCCAUUAGGAACAGAACUGACCUGCGUUUUGGACUGUACUACUCCCUUUUUGAAUGGUUUCAUCCGCUCUUCCUUGAGGAUGAAUCCAGUUCAUUCCACAAGCGACAAUUUCCAGUUUCCAAGAUGUUGCCUGAGCUCUAUGAGUUAGUGAACAAGUAUCGGCCAGAGGUUCUGUGGUCGGAUGGUGACGGAGGGGCGCCGGAUGACUACUGGAACAGCACAGGCUUCUUAGCCUGGCUGUACAAUGACAGCCCAGUUCGGGACACAGUAGUCACCAAUGACCGCUGGGCGGCUGGUAGCAUCUGUAAGCAUGGCGGCUACUAUACCUGCGCAGAUCGUUAUAACCCAGGACAUCUUUUGCCACAUAAAUGGGAAAACUGCAUGACACUAGACAAGUUUUCCUGGGGCUAUAGGAGGGAUGCUGGAAUUGGUGACUAUCUCACAAUUGAAGAAUUGGUAAAGCAACUUGUAGAAACAGUUUCAUGUGGAGGAAAUCUUUUGGUGAAUAUUGGGCCCACACUAGAUGGCAUCAUUUCUACAAUUUUUGAGGAGCGAUUAAGGCAAAUAGGGGCCUGGCUAAAAGUCAACGGAGAAGCUAUUUAUGAAACUGACACUUGGCGAUCCCAGAAUGACACCAUCACCCCGGAUGUGUGGUACACAUCCAAACCUAAAGAAAAACUGGUCUAUGCCAUUUUUCUUAAAUGGCCCACAUCAGGAAAACUGUCUCUUGGCCAGCCCAAAGCUACUCUGGGGGCAACAGAGGUAAAACUACUGGGCCACGGACAACCACUUAAAUGGAUUUCUCUGGAGCACAGUGGCAUUGUGGUAGAACUGCCACAGCUAACCGUUCAUCAGCUGCCCUGUAAGUGGGGCUGGGCUAUGGCACUAAGGAGCGUGAUGUAAAGUGCAGCAGAGUGGCUGAUGCUGCAGUUAGACCUACAACUCGGCAAUAUCAGCUUUCUAUCAUUGUAGCACAUGGAGAAGCAAAUGUGAAAUUAGACAAGAGAAAUCAAGUAAUUUAGGCAAAUCAGCCCCUUUUCUCUCUUUCACUCUAAAUUUUUUUCCUAAAUUACCUGUAUAACCAUUUUAACUCUCCAGUGCGCUCUUCCAUUAAAGUCUCUUCACAUUGA